UGCAACCUUUAAUAUCAGAAUUUAGAAACUCAACUGAAUUUCAAGAAAAAUGUUUAAUUUCAAUUUAGUUUUUGUGGCAACUUUGAUUGUUUCGUUAGCAGUGGUCUCUUGCAAAACUGAUGCUAUCGAAGUAACUGAUGUGGAAAAGAAUGUUGCAGACACAAAUCCAGCAGAGGUUGCCGUCCUAACACAAUUGAAGUUUAGUGAAGCUGACUCUGGUGAUGCCAUUUAUACCUAUAAAUGUACCGUAGGAACUUAUCGUUCUAAUCGUUUGGCUUGUACUGCUCAGGAUAGUAAUUCAUGGAACUCUCUACAAAAUGUUCAAUUAAAAUUACGUUGUCCCAGAAGUGGCAGUGGCUUGACAUUGUCAUAUGUUGAGAUUAUCUAUUCCGUUUCAUCGGCAAGUGUAAACUGUUAUGUUAACGAGGGUGCUAUCGGUUUGGGUUACAUUGGCGUAACCAUUAAUGCUUGGAAUACUUUGAUAUUUAAUUAUUCAGCUAAAUUUUAUAGCUAUUAA